AUGCUGACUCUAACCCUCAAGGCCGAGCUGGAAGGUGUCACUGGCUUGCAUCCGACUGAUACUGAGGAGAACCCAUACUUUUACACGUUCAGGGUGCAAUGUACAUCUUGUCGCGAGACACACCCGAACUGGGUCAGCUUCAACCGCUUUGAGCAGCAUGAGAUCCCUGGUAGCAGGGGUGAGGCGAACUUUGUGUGGAAGUGCCGCUUGUGCACGAAAACCCACUCUGCCUCCAUCACCGCUGGCCCACACACCUACGAGGCCGAAGAGAAGAAGACUGGCCAGAAGAUCAUCGAGAUUGACUGCCGCGGUCUGGAGUUCACCGAGUUCAAGCCUGACGGUGAAUGGGAGGCUAAGGGUGUUGAAUCUUCGACCCCUUUCACUGGAAUUGAGCUUUCUGAGGGCGAAUGGUAUGACUAUGACGAGAAGGCUGGAGAGGAGGUCAGCAUCAAGGAGAUGACUUGGAGUAUCGGACGCUCGUGA